GAAAACGGGAGAGUGAUAAAAUUAAAGCCCGGACGAGGGUCAAUAUUGGUCCAGCGUUCGCUCGCUGGCGUGAGUUAAAGGAGGAGGAGGGGUGCCCGACCGAUGCUGACCUGGCCGUCAUUCUGUUGGACUAGUGAAGCUCCUCCCACAGCAAUCACAUCAUUAGUGAAGCUCCUCCCACUGCAAUCACAUCAUUAGUGAAGCUCCUCCCACUGCAAUCACAUCAUCAGUGAAGCUCCUCCCACUGCAAUCACAUCAUCAGUGAAGCUCCUCCCACAGAAAUUCAGCAAUAAAUGCUGUAAAUUCCCAUCAGCUACAAGUGAAGACGAGCAUGAAAGCAUCAGGAAGAGCUGAAAUCUGCCAAGACUGAGUUUAUUAAAGAGGACAGUGAGAACAUGAGUGAUCCAGAACCCUGCAGAAUGAGAAACACUGAAGAUCCUGAAGAACAAAGAGAAGAACUGAGUGAAGUGGAGGAGGAGAGAGAAGAACUGAGUGAAGUGGAGGAGGAACAUUAUGUCCAACCUGGAGGAAAACCCUUGAGUCGCUCAAAGACUAAAAAGACAUUUUUAAAGAAAAGAAGAGCCAUGAAAUAUUUCACCUGCACUCAGUGUGGAAAGAGUUUAACAAGCAAACGAAAUCUUGAGAUUCACAUGAGGAUCCACACUGGAGAGAAGCCGUUCACAUGUGAUCAGUGUGGAAAGAGUUUCACACACAUAACAAAUCGUAAUAAACACAUGAGGAUCCACACCGGAGAGAAGCCGUUCUCAUGUGAUCAGUGUGGGAAGAGUUUCAGUCAAUCAUCAUCCCUUAAUGUUCACAUGAGGAUCCACACCGGAGAGAAGCCGUUCUCAUGUGAUCAAUGUGGUAAAACAUUUGCUAGGGCAUCAGACCUGAAGAAACACCUGACAGUUCAUACGAAGGAGAAGCCGCAUUCAUGUUCUGUGUGUGGAAAGAGUUUUUCACUGCUGCAAUAUUUACAUGGACAUGAGAAAACUCACACUGGUGUGAGAGAGUACAUGUGCUUUGAGUGUGAGAAGACUUUUACUAAAGCAAGCAUUUUAAAACGGCACCAGAGAAUUCACACUGGAGAAAAACCUUACAAGUGUUCACACUGUGACAAGAGAUUCAGUCGAUCAGAACAUCUGAAAACACAUGAGAUGAACCACACUAGAGAAAAACCUUUCAAGUGUUCACACUGUGACAAGAGAUUCAGUCAGUCAACCGAUCUGAAAAUACAUGAGAGGAUCCACACUGGAGAGAAGCCGCACACAUGUGAUCAGUGUGGGACGUGUUUCUCUUUUAAACGUGACCUGAAGCGACACAUGAUGAUCCACACCGGAGAGAAGCCGUUCACAUGUGAUCAGUGUGGGAAGAGUUUCAGUCUGUCACAACAUCUGAAAAAACAUGAGAUGAUCCACACUGGAGAAAAACCUUACAAGUGUUCACACUGCGACAAGAGAUUCAGUCAGUCUUCACAUCUGAAAAAACAUGAGAGGAUCCACACUGGAGAAAAACCUUACAAGUGA